UCGACGGUCACACCGAUUGCAAAGUUAUCGAAUUUUAGCCCAGCCUACUAUUUGUUUUUAUUGUUUUUAUUGUUGAAUUACUAAACGGGGAGCAGCACAAUGAAGAAGAAGGUGUUGCUGAUGGGGAAGAGCGGGUCGGGGAAGACCAGCAUGCGUUCCAUUAUCUUUGCCAACUAUAUUGCCCGUGAUACGACACGCCUUGGAGCAACAAUCGAUGUGGAGCACUCGCAUGUCAAGUUCCUGGGCAACCUGGUGUUGAACCUCUGGGACUGUGGCGGUCAAGAGGGUUUCAUGAAACAGUACUUUGCCCAGCAGCGCGAGAACAUUUUCCGUCAUGUCGAAGUGCUCAUCUAUGUGUUCGAUGUGGAGAGCCGGGAGAUGGAGCGCGAUGUCCACUACUACCAGAGCUGCCUGGAGGCCCUGCUGCAGAACUCGCCGGAGGCCAAGAUCUUCUGCUUGGUGCACAAAAUGGAUCUGGUGCCGGAGGAGCAUCGCGAGAGCGAGUUCAAGGUGCGCGAGGACGAUCUCAUACGGUUGUCGAAGCCCGGCAAUGUCACCUGUUUCCGCACCAGCAUUUGGGAUGAAACACUGUACAAAGCCUGGUCUUCCAUUGUCACCAUGCUCAUACCGAAUGUGGCUGUCCUGGAGAACUCGGUAACGCACUUUGCCAACGUUAUCGAGGCCGACGAGGUGCUGCUGUUCGAAAAGGCCACCUUCCUGGUGAUUUCCCAUUGCCAGAGCAAGAAGAAUCGCGACUCGCACCGCUUCGAGAAGGUGUCCAACAUCAUCAAGCAGUUCAAGCUGAGCUGCUCCAAGCUGGGCGCCAAGUUCCAGUCAAUGGAGGUGCGUAAUAAUGCCUUUGCCGCCUUCAUCGAUACCUUUACCAGCAACACCUAUGUGAUGGUGGUGAUGUCGGAUCCCACCUUGCCUUCGGAAGCCACCCUGGUGAAUAUACGGAAUGCGCGAAAGUACUUUGAGGAGCUAGAGAAUCCGAACAACAGUGCCAUGAGCCACCACGGCCACAAGUACCACUGAACUGAGUAGCUCGUUGUUUUCCGUAUAUUUAACCAAUGCCGUUUUCCGUUCAAAAGACAUGAAACUCGGUCUGUUGUUGUGCACACACAUCGAAGCGCCCCAUGGUGGUGCGCCCCCAAAGUCUUACCGCUUCCCGUAAUGAUAAAUAUGAUAAAUACGUAUAUAUGUAUAAAUCGCUCACUUGCUACAAGACUCGCAAUAUCCAGCUCCAUAUUUUGUAUAAAAUUCGUUAUAGCAACAUGUCUGAUUUCCCAUCCUUAAGAUCUUCUUGUUAGAGUUAUGAGAUGGUCUUUUAGCAAGUGGGCGAUGGAUAGCCAUCUCCUUCGUUGAUUUUUCGUAGAUUUGUAAGUUGAAACCUUCGUAGGCCUUAAGUUUAUAUACAAAAAACAAUUACACACUUAUAAAUACACAAAACAA